AUGUCGGCUCGGGAGAAAGUCUCUGCCGAUGAGCUGGCGAUAUAUCCCGGCCUCCGCGAGCUGUCUCUGCGCAACAACUCGAUCGUCCACAUCUCCAAUGAGGUCUUCACGUCGUUGCGCUCGCUCGAACGGCUUGAUCUCUCGCAAAACCGUAUCCUUACGCUGCCACCGAAGGUGUUUGCAAGUCUCGGGAAGCUGAAGUCCCUCGAUCUGAGCGGAAACGGUGUCCAACUGUCCGGGGACACGCUGCACGGUCUGCACUCGCUGGAGGAGUUGCGCAUCUCCAGAAAUGGACUCUCCUAUUUGCCGCCCUCAGUUUUUAGGCACUCCACCGAACUAUCCACCCUUCACCUGGACCACAACCGACUUGUCGAUCUGCCGGGCAGCAUUCUGAGCACGUUGCCAAAGCUGAAGCAGUUGAACGCGCGAUCGAAUCUGUUGGCCAACAUCGAAACUGGUAGCUUUGCGGAGAAUGGGCUGCUCGAAGCGCUCGAUCUAUCCGAGAAUAUGAUCGUCAACAUCGAUGAUGCAGCCUUUAACGGGCUACAGAAUCUGAGGAAGCUGAAUUUGACGAACAAUCAGCUCGUCCGACUCCCUGGUAAAACAUGGCAACUGCCCUCGUUGGAGACGCUCGACCUCAGCGGCAACCUCUUUGUUGCGCUGGAAACGGCUUCAUUUGAAGGCCUACCCUCGCUGCGUGCCCUGAACCUGUCCAACUCGCGGAACCUCAACACCAUCCAUAUGGGCGCUUUCCUGUCUUUGGACGGUCUACGCUGGAUAUCGCUGGCUGGUUCUCAGCUAUCGUCGAUCUCCAAUACGGCAUUCAGCCCAGUACCUCCGUUGAGUCAUCUUGACCUCUCGGAUAAUCAGCUCGUUUCCCUCCCCUCAACUGCCGUCCACUGGUCCCGAAUCCGGGAUCUCCGCCUCUACGGAAACCCCUGGGAGUGCGACUGUGCCCUACGACAACUUGAGCUGAAGAAUACAGGCGCGGUGUGCACCAGCCCCGAGUCGAACACCGGACUCCGCGUCGACAGCCUAUCAACCUGCUCCCCAUUCCGGGGCCUCGUCGUUCCCCUCAUCCUCGGUCUCGUCAUACUCGUUCUCGCGGUCAUGUCCUUGGCCCUGGCCAUCCACCGCCGGGUCCCCAGCAAAAGAACGACUUCUUCACUGCUUGUUUCCUCCCAUGACGCGGCCUACGCAUUCGAUCGCCCGUUCAUCUCCCCACCAUCUACCGGCUCCCCGCAUUCACCGCAGUCGCAGGAAUCAUACUACGAAGCGCCUACUGCGGCCGCUCAUAGCCUUCCAUAUGCCCCGGCAUACUACCGAUCUCUAUAUGGACAAUUGCCGAGCACGCAUUACACGAUGGGAAAAGGAAUUCACAGCGCGAAUAACACGUACCGACCGAUGAUGUCCAAAGCGCCACCAACCAUGGCGCCGCCGCCGAUCCCGCGCGUUAUCCCCCCGCUCGGCCAGGGGCUGAUGCGUCGCGACAGCGGCGAGUACGAAAACGAGCCAAUGAUCGACGACGCGCAUCCGUACGAUUCGAAAGUGGUACCCAGCACACGCUUG